AUGUCUGAUUAAUUAGAUUAGUUAUAAGAGGGUAUUGUUCAAAAUGAAGUGUCUGAAAAUAGAGACUAAGAGCUUUUUGAUUAGAUGGCCUCAAGAUAAUACAAUGAGAAAAAACAAAAUCUUUAAAUUGAAGAAGAGGAUGGAGGAGAUUAAAAUCAACCAGUUGGUGCAAUAUCAGAAGUUGUAAAACUAGACGAGAAUAAAAAGAACGUAUCUUAGAUUACAACCAAAAAUAGUCCGUUUUGAUUAAUAAAGCAGAAACAAAAAGAAUAGUACAUUAGGCUGCAUUAGAAAGAAAGACAGAAGCAUUUGAAUAAACAAAAAGUUUUGAACUUCAUAGAUCAACAUAAAUUCUGUAACAUNAAGAUGGAGUUUGA